AUGGCUUCAAAUCCAACUCCGGCCUCUAGGGACCAGGAACCUAGUGAUCAUGGUGAUGCAAAGUUUGACCAGGAAGUGCAUACACAUGUUGAGAAUGCCGGUUUCGACUCGCCUAUCGGAGAGGAAGUCGCAUAUGGCAAGCUCAACAAGGAGACAAUCCUGGCAUGCCUGGCCAUUGCCGGGCAAAUCAACGCAUAUAUCAUGACGCUUCUCAUUCCGUCGACCACUCUGCCUUAUAUCAAUGCCGAACUAGGCCCGGAUCCAAAUUAUACUUGGAUCACAGUAACUUGGCAAUUGGGUGCUUCCAUCAUUGUAUCCAUCGGCGGGCGGUUGUCGGAUAUUUUCGGCCGGCGUUACUUCAUGAUGACAGGAGCCAUCAUUUCUAUUAUUGGCUGUCUAGUUGGAGCUAAUGGCAAGUCCAUCAACAUGAUGAUUGCCUCGGGGGCUCUUUUCGGUAUUGGAAGUGGCUUUCAAGAACUUUGCUAUGCCUGUGUCCAGGAGAUGGUGCCUAAUAAGUAUCGAAUGGCUGGUGUUGGCAUGUUAGAUGUCUUCCUUGCUAUUGCUUUUGUCAGCCCCAUUAUCUCAUACUCUUUUAUUGCAUAUCAGCCAUCGAUCGGAUGGCGAGGUGCGUACUGGUAUAUGUUCAGCUGGCAUGUUGCCGCCUUCAUCUUCUUGUUCUUCUUCUACAAGCCACCUGACUUCCGCAUGAAGCAUCGCAGUGAUGGCAAGACCAAAUUGCAGUUGCUCGCAGAGAUCGACUAUGUUGGCGUCUUCCUCUUCACGGCAGCUGGCACCCUAUUUCUUCUCGGCGUCAACUUCGGCGGCCGCAAGUACGCUUGGUCCCACCCGGCGGUCAUCGCACCGAUCGUCGUUGGUCUGUGUUGCUUCAUCAUACUCGGCUUCUGGGAGACAUAUGCUACCUUGAAGUACCCCUUAUUGCCACCAAAGCUCUUCAAGAAGGUCCGAGAGUUCGUUAUGGUUAUUGUCAUCUGUUUCGUUGGCGGAAUGCUCUACUACAGCAUGAACGUUCUCUGGCCAAGACAGUCCCAAUUAUUCUUCGUACCCGCAGAUCAACCGAUCAUGCGAGGCGUCUAUGCUACCAUAUUCUCUUGCGGGACGUUCUGUGGUGGGCUGCUCAUGGUGCUGGUCUGUUCUCGGCUUCAUCAUGAGAAAUGGCAGUUGGUCUUCUUUAUGGUUGCACAGACAGCACUAAUCGGGUCGAUGGCAUCGGUUGGCAUUCAUGACAAGGCACAGGCGAUCGUCACCGUUAUCAUUGGAGCCGCAAUGAUCACCCCACCGCAAUUGGUAUCAUUUACCAUGCUUUCAUUCGGGCUGGAUGAUCAAAACGAUAUCGGCGUUGCAGUUGGUCUGGCAGGAACAUUCCGGCUUCUGGGUGGUGCUGUAGCCACGGCUAUCUACACAGCGAUUCUUACUUCUGGUUUCAACUCAGCCCUGCCGUCGGAGAUGACAAAGGCAAUAAACUCGUCAGGAGCGCCGUUUUCGAAGGAGUUGCUGGCUGCCUUGAUCAAAACCGCUCAGACCAAUACUGCUGCUGCAUACAAUGCUGUGACGGGUAUAACCCCGGCCUUGGCUUCCUCAGCAGCCAUAGCGACCAAGCUGGCUUAUGUGCAUGGUUUCAAGAUUGUGUAUCUUGUUGCCAUAGCCUUCGGAGCAGCCGCCAUUCUGGCAUCAUUAUGCACGGUCAGCACCGACAGGAAGCUAAAGAACAACCAGCGGGCGGUCGUUCUCAAGAAUGAGCUCAAAGGAAGUGACGAGGUGCUCUCCAAGGCCGUUUAA